CGCUUUUUUGCGGACGUUUUCAGAGCUUCGCGUUGGAAAAAUCGCAUUUCGCCACCACAGUGGCUGUGUUUGUGUACUUGGUGAGUGUUUUGAGUGUGCAGAAAUGGCUGAGAAGCUGCUCAAUUGGAUGAUAAAGCAAAAGUCUCUGCCUGACGACUUCCCCGAGUGGUUUUCCACCAUAAUUGAGAAACACAGCGAAGAGCUGAGCGCGGAGGAUUUUGCCAUUUACUUUCUCAAUGUGAUCAAGACGCAGACGGAAGAGUUGACAAGGAGUUCGGCAUCCGUGGCGACGACACCGCGGAAAGCGCCAGGAAAUGCCGAGGCUGCCAAGGAGAAUUCUCCGUUGUCGAGCACGCAAAAUACUCUGCACGAAUCGACAUCGAUGUGCCUGGAGAUGAGGGAGUUGCGGACCAGCACACCUAUCAAGUCUCCGGCGUCGUUCAACGGUCAGGCGAAUCACUUCAGCUCGACGCCAAAGAAGACGUACAGCAGGACAAUUUGUCUGGCGGACUUCCUGAUGUCGCCCACGGAGCAGCGCGGCAGGAAGGGAAAAGGAGCGCAGCACACGAGAGCCAUGUCGGCGGAUCAGGUGAAGCCCAAGCGAAGAGUUGUGCCGCUGAGUGUUCCCAAGAAUCCAGCACCGAAUGAGGACUUUCUCACGUCGUCCUUCCGCUCGGACAACAAUCUGGAGACACUCAUGAAGGAGCAGCGCGAAUUGGAUGGAUCCGAUGGCCGACAGGACGAGCGAUUGCUGCUGAAGAUGCACAAGGACGCCAUCAGCAAGGAUUUUGAAGCGGAGAAGAUUGAUUCUAGGUCGUCGGAACCGAAGAGGUCGAAAAAGGUUACCAUCAACCUGUCGGCUGUGACUGAUGUCCUGACGCUGAAUCUUCUGGCCAGUGUCUAUGCAACGCUUAUAGAGUGGAAUUUAGUGACAAAUGUCCUCGCAGAAUUGGCCUUUCUGCUCAAUUUGCUCAACUCUGACUUUGAAGUGGAGGACAAGGUGAAGUCCUCUGACCUCUCGCCAUUUAAUGCUCUCAAGAGUGCCAAUAACUGCGUUUACUUCGUCUUUGGGGUGCUAAAUAGACAAAGACGACUUUUGGCUCUACUGGAUGCCACAACAAUUAAGAUUCUGCUAGACAAUGAGCGAAUCUCUAAGUUUCAGGAGGGUCUUCACAAGUUCCUAACCACUGUUCACCGUCACAAAGUUCAUCUGGUGUCUUCGCAGACAUCCAAUCACCCAGGGAAUGUCUCAAUUGGCCAGGGAAAUGUGUUUUAUCAACAAGAGAAUGACACGAGAGACAAUUUCCCGUCCGACAAGGAGUUCUCGGCAUUCAAGAACCAACGUGAUGGAUUCUACACAAUCCUGAGGGCGUGGGAAGUGAAUCAUUUGAGCGCCUCGUGGGAUUUCUCUCGCGGUCUGGCGCCGAAAGUGCGCCAAUUGCUGAAUCAAUUGCCACUGCCCGUGAAUAUGGCGCAUCUGGCGAAGCUGUUUACGGCCCAAUUGAUCAUUUCGUGCAGCCACGAGGAUGCAGUGUCGCAGCUGCAGGACGAUUUGGGGGCGAAUGUGGAUCUGGGAAAGCUGUCGAAGCUCAGCCAGCGACUCACAGCGCCCGGACACUCGAGUGCAGAGAUGCAAUUUCCGGGCGUGCAAGUGUUCUUCAGGGACUUCAUAGUGGCGGCUGAGGGAUGUAGUGUGUUUGUGGAGCAGCUGAAGAUUGCUCUGGCGGCUGAGUUGACGGAUCUCAAUGAUGCGCCCUUUGAGAUGAUCAAUCUCUCAAACUCUGAGGAUAAUCUGGAUGAGAUUAGCGAUAUUGUUGUGAAUCCAGAGACCAUUUCUACCAUGAGAACACUAGCUAAAUUCCUGGGAUUCACUGUCACUCUGCCUUUCUCCUAUGAGACCAAGAGAAACAGUGUGAUUGACAGCCAACAGAUUGAGCUCAGAAAUCUCCUUCAGCCACAGUUCGACGUGAAGCGAAUCCUUCUGGUUGCAAUAGAGGAGCACAAGCUGAUAGUCACAAUUCCCUGGCUCGUGGAGUAUCUCUCAAUGCUGGAUCGGGUGACACUGCAGCUGGACUACUACAGAGACCUGAUGGAACUUUUGUACAAAUUGCAUGUGAAUCUGGGAGUCGAGACGUUCUCAAUGACGCCCACUUGUCUCUUCACUCUGCGCCUCUGCCUCGGUUGGCUCUUUGAUCGCCCCAAUCUUCCCGCUGACGCACUCUACGACUACCGUCGACGCCUGGGCGUGUCUGUAGCGAGGAAAGAAAAGGCGCCGCGUCGAAAUGGACGUCGAGAGAUUGAGAAGAAUCUGCUGAAGACACUGAAUCCCACUCUCGAGGCCAUCCUGAAUGCCGCUUGUCCCUUCUUGGGCGACUUCAGGCUCUCUGUGAUGCCCACAAAGUCAUCCAAAGUGCCAUCGAGGACUGGACGAUAUCGACAUAUCACAACGAAACUCACCACAGAAUCCCCGGCCAAGAAAACCACCAUUCAGGACGCUCAGAAGCAACUCAUUGACGCCUUUUUGCAAUCUCAGAGUCCGUCUAUGCGGAAAAUAGUGGACUUUGUCACUGAGAGAGUCACUUCAGUGGCUAUUAAGAAUUUCCAGGUGCUGCACUUCUUGGACAUCAAGAAGGCGACGCAGAAGAGAGUGCGAGAGAUCAAGUUGGAGAAUCAGGAGACAAUUCUGGAGGCUUUGCAGAUGAUUUAUGGCGAAGCGCAAGAGAAACUCAACAAAGCGUGGGACGAUAAUGUUCCUGUGAUGAUCAGAGAGCGAUCUGGGAAGACUCUGGACGCUCUUGUGGCCGUAGAGACGCUGGAUGAGGUGAAGAGGACAUGUGGAGAGAUUAUCAAUCAACGCGCUCUGGCCAGAGCUGAGGAUUGGCGGACUUUGCACGCCAAGGAGAUCAGCUUCCUGCAUGAUGACUUGACUGUUGAGGCCAUAAAAAUUGCAAAGAACAUCCAUGCAGCGCAGCAAAGCAGUGCCAUAGAAAUGAGAUUAGCAUUAACUUCUCCUCUGCCUUCGGAGGUUUUUGAGGAUCUCCAAGAACUCCUGCACACGGUGUCGAUGAAGCCGCAGAAUCUCACAUCUCAGGCCAUCACAAAGUGGCUGGAAGACCUCAAGAGUUGCACAUCUGCCAAUACUUUCGUUCCGCACAUCUACAAAACGACGGUUUUUAUGGUUCACGAACUACUUUUGGCCACAAUCCUGAACAGGAGUGAAUUGAUCACGGAAGAAAUGCUCAGCAAAGCAUCGGAAUUGUGGAGUAUGGAGAUAAUGAGGCCUUUCGUCACCACUGCAGAUGUGGAAGAUGAGAAUCUUUCGCUGGAAGACAGUCAAUCUGAGGGGAUUCGCGAGGCGGGCAUUUUUUCUCAUUUGAUAAAUAGCCAUAUUAUUGAAGUUUUGCUCAGAAAGUCAACGGAAACCACUGAAAAAUUCACUCUUUAUGUUGAAAUUCUGCAUUUACAUAAUUUUAUAUCUCUUGACAGUCUCAGGAGGCAAAUUGAGGCGGUGAAGACACUGAAAGACAAUUGUCCGGAAUCGAGAAAGAUGUUAGAUUGCAUUUAUUUCAGGGUUUCCGAGAAAGUUCUCACUGUAAAAUGUGAGAACGAAUUUGUGGAUAAAUCUUUGUGACUGUAAAUUACAAAAGGUUAAUUGUAAGAUUGGUAAAAUGUGGACAAAUUUUU